AUGCCACCAAAGAAAGCUGUUAAGGAGGAGAAGCUCCUACUGGGCCGGCCUGGUAACAACCUCAAGAGUGGAAUUGUCGGUCUUGCAAACGUUGGCAAAUCAACACUCUUUCAAGCUAUCACCAAGUGUUCUCUUGGUAACCCUGCGAACUUUCCCUUUGCGACCAUCGACCCAGAGGAAUCUCGAGUCAUCGUACCUGAUGAGAGAUAUGACUGGCUUUGCGAGAAAUACAACCCAAAAUCCCGCGUUCCUGCGCAUCUCACGAUCUACGAUAUCGCCGGUCUGACCCGAGGUGCUUCCAAGGGUGAGGGACUUGGGAAUGCCUUCUUGUCCCAUAUUCGUGCGGUAGAUGCCAUCUUCCAGGUGGUACGCUGCUUUGAUGAUGCAGAGAUCAUCCAUAUAGAAGGGGACGUUAAUCCCGUUCGUGAUCUUCAGAUCAUCAGCGAAGAGCUGCGGAUCAAAGAUAUCGAGUUUACGGAAAAGGCGCUCGAGGCGUCGAAGAAGCUUACCCGAAGAGGUGGUCAAAGCUUGGAGAUGAAGAAGCUUUUGGAAGAAGAGCGCUGCAUCGAGAAGGUUCUGGCUUUACUUCAGAGUGGUGUUGAUGUCCGAAAGGGCGACUGGACUUCUAAGGAGAUCGAGUUCAUUAACCCUCUGUUCCUUCUGAGUGCCAAGCCAGUCGUUUAUCUUAUCAAUUUGAGCGAGAAGGAUUACAUUCGAAAGAAGAACAAGCAUCUUGCCAAGGUCAUGGAAUGGAUCAAGGAGCAUGCUGCUGGCGACCCAAUCAUGCCAAUCUCCAUUUGUCUCGAGGAACGCCUUACUCGUUUCGAUACCGAGGCCGAGGCCAACGAAGAGCUCAAGAAAUUGGGCGUUGAGUCAGCUUUGCCAAAACUCGUCACCACUAUGCGAAAGGUGCUGAACCUGGGAAGUUUCUUCACCACAGGAACUGAUGAAGUUCGCCAAUGGACAAUCAGAAAUGGUACCAAGGCACCACAAGCUGCGGGAGUCAUCCAUGGUGACUUCGAGAAGACAUUCAUUCAAGCUAUCGUCUAUAACUUUGAUGUUUUGAAGGAGCUGGGUGAAGAAUCCGAGAUCAAGGCCAAGGGUAAGAUAAUGACAAAGGGAAAAGACUACGAAGUUCGUGAUGGAGAUAUUCUUUUGAUAAAGGCUGGAGCCGCGAAGGGAUAG